AAACAGGCCCCCUCCCCGCCACGCGCGCACCUACGUCGUUUCUUCCGAUUCUCUCCUCUUGUAGAUCUGAUCUUUUAUCUUCACUUACCUUCCUCGCCAUCCAAGCUACUUCGCUUACACACACCUUUCACCAACAACUCAACCCACCCACAACCUUCGCAAUGGCUCCCAAGACUGCUACCAAGGCUAAGCCCGCCCACGGCUCUUACCAGGACAUGAUCACUGAUGCCAUCAUCAACCUUAAGGACCGCAACGGCUCCAGCCGUCAGUCCCUCAAGAAGUAUGUCAAGGCCAACAACACUUUGGCUGUUACCGACAAGAUGUUCGACUCUCUCUUCAACAAGGCCUUGAAGACUGGUGUUGACAAGGGCGCCUUUGCUCAGCCCAAGGGUCCCUCUGGUGGCACCAAGCUCGCCAAGAAGCCUGCUGCUGCUCCCAAGAAGGCCGCUGCCCCUAAGAAGGCUGCCCCCGCUAAGAAGGCCGCUCCCAAGAAGGCUGCUGUCAAGAAGACCACUGCCACCACUGCUAAGAAGGCCGCUCCCGCCAAGAAGGUUGCUGCUCCCGCUGCUAAGAAGGCCGCCGCUCCCAAGAAGGCUGCUGCUCCUAAGAAGGCCGCUGCCCCCAAGAAGGCUGCCGCUAAGCCCGCUGCUUCCAAGACCAAGACUGGGCGUGUCACCAAGAAGGCCGCUCCCAAGAAGACUGCUUCUCCCAAGAAGGCUGCUGCUAAGAAGGCUUAAGUGUCUCUUUCCAGUAAUGUGCUUCUAAUGUCUUGGUUUUAACGAAAUGGAUUGGCGUUUAUGGGCUUUUGUGUUAAUAUUUGUUUUGAAUUACCUGAUCGGACUCACCCAAGGGCGAGUCUCGGAAUUUUGGUUUUGUCGUUUUAUGGGGAGGGUAGCGUCGCGGGUGUCUUGUUUUGAAAAUGCGCGCUCGCGUCCGUUGUCUACUGCGAAGCGCACUAGACUUGUCGCAUACCUUUUGCAAUGUAUUUGGGGAAAUGGAGUUGCCGGUUGGUGCCACGGCUUGCAAAUCUCUUUUUUUUUAUUUCUUUUGGUUUUGCAAGUCGAUGGGCUCUUUUGCUCACCCUGUAUGAUAACGCAUAAUGAGCUUGCGGGCGACUAAUUUGUCCUUGAGAAUAAAACAGAAAGUUUCUUG